UGUGUAUUUGCAAUGUGGCUAUUGCAAAUAAUUUUCGCAUCUACUGGGAACAAUGGUCCCUCCAUUUUUUAAUUGAAAUAAUUUCAGGAGAUGAUGUCACACCUCUGUAUAAUAUAAGCCUCUUCAACUACUACAGAAGAGGGCUAUUUCUGUUUAUACAACAAUCAAUAUGAUAUCUUCAAGGAUGAUAUCAAUGGGCCUACGCAAAUUCCAAAAUCCCAAACAAUUAAAGCUGGUACUAAGUCAGAAGAUGAGCACUCUAAACAUUCCAUCAGAAACACUACCAGCUGCUUUAGAUUCAGUUAAAGCUGUUGUCACAGUCUUACCUGACCAUGCAUGGUACAAUAUGACAGCGCACUAUCAAGUCCUUCUGGAUACUGUUCAGGUUAGCUCAGGUUUACCGUGGUGGGCUGUUUUGUUGGGGACUGGAUUUGCUGUCAGAUCUUGUUUGUUUCCAAUCAACAUUCUCCAUGAAAAGAAAUUGACAAAAAAUAUCAAACAUGUAGCUGAACUGGCAAAGCUGAAAACGGAAAUGACAGGCUUCUUUAGGAAAGGUGACCAUGUUGCGUCCUUAACCAAACAGGGAGAAAUCAAGUAUUAUAAAAAGGUUAACAAUUUCAACUGGACUAAAUCAGCUAAUUGGUUUCUGGUUCCAACAUUCAUGACCAUGUCUUUGAAUUUUUUUUCUAUUAGAAAUCUUGCUGAAAUUUCAUAUCAACCUUUGCACGACACAAAUUUUUUGUGGCUUUCUAGUUUGUGUCAAAGUGACCCAUAUUUCCUGUUUCCAGCAAUGAAUGCUGCUGCUGUUGCUUAUGUUUUUAAAUAUGGAAUAGAUACUGCAGGAUCAGAAAAUCCUUUGUCACAAUUGCUUUCCUCAAAAAAAGCUUUGAUGUUUACCAUGGUUGUCAUGGGGGGUAUUCAAUCAAUGUUUCCUUCAGCUCUGCUCUUGUAUUGGUUUGCAUCAAAUAUAUAUGGCAUGGCUAUUGUGAGACCAUUGAUGAAUAAUGACAAGUUCAGGGUCAAAGUUGGACUGCUCAGUUUGGAGGAGAAAAAGGAGGCCUUCAAGGCUCUUCCAACAGCUAAAGAUAUCUUCGGCGAUGCCUAA